AUGCAUUUAUCAUUUCAGAAUACGGAUGAGAGUGACUUCAUCGGCAAGAAUUCGGCACAAAACACUAUGGACAACUUGGCAAGACUUAAAGGAGGAAAAAGCAAACAGAUAAACCCACUGGAUAAGAGUAAUACUAAGAAUAUUUCGGUAAGGAUAGAAUCAGAAACAAAUAACGAUACUACAUUGAACAUUAAGGCUUCAAGGGAGAUAUCUGCUCCUAUUCAUCAAAACCGCAUCGACCCACAGGGAUCGAAACCCGAGUCAUUAAAAUAUAUACUCAGAGGAGAUGUUCUUCCAUCACCACCCUCACCAGAAAGAGAAUCUUGCUUGGAAUACGAACAGAAGGAAGGUGACGAUGAGCCUUCUCUAUCUCUAUUUGAUAUGGUGCCAAACCUUUUCAAACAAUGGAAUGUUUUUAAUAAUUCACAAAGUACAAAGAGAACAGUUUCAGAAGCAUUUCUUAUUCAGAAGCCAGUGGAAGAGAAUCUACUAAAAUUGUACAGAACAAAAAUCGAGCCGGAGACACCAUUCUUGCCAAAUACUGAUAAGCAUACACAUGAAUUUGACUUCUUUUGUAAGUGGUGCAUUGAUAUUUGCUCUACCGACAGUCCUCAAACGACGAUAAAUAUUUCGGCGAAUACUGUUGAGGGCAUGAUCAAUAAUGAGAUUAAAUGGACUGCAGAAUCAUUAGGCUGCUUUUUUAUCCUACCAUUGCACAUUUUUGUAAGUAACAAUGCUAUGGUAAAGGUCUAUGAGAAUCUAAAUUCCUGGAUGAAAAUUUCUCAGAGGAAUCAGAACAAGAUGGAUCCGAAACUUAUAGCUGGUGCAAUGCUUGUUGAUGGAAUAAAUGCCCUUACUAGAGGGAUGCAUUUACAAACAAACAGGACAUAUUCGAAUGCUUUUCAGAUGUGCUCUCAAAAACUAGGCGAGUUUUCGUUUUCAAACCAACUUCUUACGGUGGGAAAAAUGAUAUAUGAUUUUGUUUCUAUGAUGGCAGAGAGUGAUCUGUGUACAGAUCAGAAACAAUUCUGGGCAUUAAGAAAAAAGAAGAUUCUCAGCUUUGAGUAUGACAUGCUUAUUUGGCCUGUGAAACUUUCAACGGAACUUUCGGUGAUCACAGACAAUAUCCAGGCAUCAUCAGAGGCAUUACUACUACAUAUAUUACACAACACUCUUCUUAUUGCAUAUUAUGGGGACGCAGUCCUAAAAAAUGGUGAAUUUGCAAAAAGCAUUUCUGUAUACGCCAUUCCUGGCCUAUAUUUAUUUAUAUCUGGAAUGGCUAAAAGCAACUUCAUUACAGGUCCAAGAAUAGCAAAAAGAUGGAGGGUUGUAACAGAUUGCUUGAUUUUGAGUGCACGUUAUCUUCUUGCACUAGAUCAGAAAAUGAAGUUUGAUAACUUUAAGGAAGCACUACAUUAUUUUGCCAAAGGUCGCAAUCUUCCAGAAUAUCAAACACCAGAAUUAAAAGACCUGUUUAAACAGAUUGACCAGCUUCUACUAGGGGUAGAUAUUGAAGAGAGUAUUCAGGAUGGCUCAACAAUUUAUUGGGUUUUCCGUGAUACUCGGAGUAUGUCAUUGGAAUUGUAUAUAUCAGAAUAA